UUACUCUUGACGCGGUCGAGUUACGAUCAAAAUCGAGUUGACAUCGAGAAUCAGUAAUUUGGUACUCUGGAAAACGACUGAAGCGCCAAUCGAGUUGUGGUCGAAUAGUGAACUACUUGAAAUCGAAAACCGCCGUUAUGUCCUUACUCUCGACACUAUCGAGAUCGAGUUAUGCUCAUGUUUAAAUCGAAAACAUACGUCAAAUCACUCGAUUCACAAGACGCUACUUUUUUGAAAUCAAAAGUGUGUUUUAAAUAUUAAAUUAUAGAAAAUAGCAGGAUGGCUCGACUUGCAGCACAAUUAAAUUUAUUGGAUGAAGCUGAGAGAGUUGACGCACGCCAAAGAAGAAGAAGAACGCAAAUAGCUCGUUAUUGUGCAGCAGCUAUAGAAAUUGGCGAUGAAGAAUUUGUGGCAAACUAUCGCAUAACAAAAGAAAUUUUUUUGGAGCUUGUGGAGGUGCUUUCCCCAUACUUAAAGGCACCUUCUCGCAGAAGUGAUAUUCCCAUAAAAUUUAAGGCAAGUUUUUGAUUCUUUAUAGUUUAUUAGUUCUAGUUCUAAAAUCUAAACUAACCUAAAUCUUUAAAUUUUCUUCUUGUUUUAGAUAUUGGUUGCUCUCUCUUUUUAUGCAACAGGUAGUUAACAACGUAUCGUAGGAAGGAACUAUGGUACUGCAAUGUCACAGCAGUCAGUCUCAAGGUGUAUCAAAGAGGUGACCGAUGCGUUCAACCAAAUAGUAAUUCUACAAAAAUAUAUAAAGUUCCCUACUAAUUUUAAUGAACGGAAUGCUAUAAAGAUGAAAUUCUAUGAAAAAUAUGGAAUACCGGGUGUUAUUGGUUGCGUAGAUGGAACACAUGUGGCCAUGGUAAGACCGUCAGAGAAUGAGGAUUGGUAUUUCAACCGAAAACACUACCAUUCCAGAAAUGUGCAAAUUAUAUGUGAUUUUGAUCUAAAUAUUAUAAGUGUAGAUGCGUGUUUUGGUGGUGCUACCCAUGAUUCACACAUCUUAAACCAACAUGCGAUCAAAAAUCACCUAAUUUAUUUAGUGAACCAAGGGGAGACAGUGUGUUUGUUAGGUGACUCAGGGUAUGCACAAAGAGAGUACAUGAUGACACCAAUUGUCAAUGCUGCAGCUGGUUCUUCAGAGGAAUACUAUACAGAAAUACACUGUUCAGCUCGUAACAGAGUGGAACGAACAAUAGGGUUAUUAAAGGCACGCUGGCGGUGUUUGCUGAAGCAUAGGGUGCUUCAUUAUAAACCAGACAUGGUUUCAAAAAUAAUAAACGCAUGUUGUGUGCUACAUAAUAUGUGUAACACAGCACGCAUCCCCUCCCCCAGCGAAGUUAACCCCUUGCUGUCGUCCGGCACCGCGCAGCAGCCAUCGUCGGAGCCCGCGCCAAGCGCCGCCGCGCAUGCGCACAGCCCUGGAGCCACGCUGGAACUGCGCAGAGGAGUUGAAGCCCGGCAACGCAUAGUUAAUACGUUGUGGACGAGGAGACGAACAAAUUAAUAAAGAUAUAUCAUAUUAAUAUUGUUUUAUUUUAUACAUUUAUACUACUACUACUCUAUGCUAUUAAUUUAAUUGCAAAAAUCAUUCAGUAAAAAUAAUUGUAACACUUAAAAAUAUGGUUCACAUUACAAAGUAUUUCUGAUAACAUUUGUAUUUGUCAAAUAAUACUAAUGCAAUCUACUAGUUAUAACAUGGAAUAAGAAAGAAAAACAACAAAUAAACAGCAAUACCAUCCAUAUCCAUAAAUCCAAAAACUACUUCGUUUUAUUGUAGAAACUUUAAUGUGAUUGCAUAAAAGAUUCUACAACAUUGACCAGUCUUUCCCCAAAUAUUGAUAUGGCUUCAGCUAUAUUAUUGCAAGCUGCAGCAAGUCCAGACAUAUUCUCUUGCAACGCUCUAGCCUGAAGAAGCUCUGCCUCCACCCGCUUCUCUUCAAUGGAAACAAGGCGAUCUCUUUCAAUUUGAAGUUGAGAUCGACUAUGUCGGUCUACUGUUGUUCUGGCAGCUUGACGACUCAACCAGGCUCGAAUUCGAGGGCUUCUUCUCGGGGCUGUAAAAUUAAAACAUAAUAUUGGUAAACUUUAUUUAUUAACUAACAUAACAUAAAUCUUUAGGUAAUUAAUUUCAUAUUAUCAUAUUAUAUAUAUAUAAUUAUAUAGAUUUCGUCUAGUUGAAAAAGGGGAAGAAAUCCAAAGUUUGUACUCCCGUUGCAUAAAAUAGAAAGACAAACUUACUAGAUUGCAUAGAGGCUAAAAGUGGAGAGUGGGCUGGACUUCCCGGUAGAGGUAAGACGAUAGAAUCUUCCUGUUGUCCUAGUGGUGUUGAUGUUACACUGGCUGGCAAUGGCUGGCUGGUUGAUGGUUGGUCCUAAUUACAAUAAUUCAGAAUUAGUUUAACAAUAGAAAAACAAAUUUAUCAACUCCAUGGUUAUAAUCUGCAUGUACCAAUAAGUUCUUUGAUCAAUUUAGCACUGAGGGGCAAAGGAUUGUGGAAUAACUAAGAAAAUAUUUUAAAUGCAAAAUUUUAUGCGAUCUCUCUUUGCUAUUUUAAUUUAUUCUUUAAUAAAAAUUAUCACCUGAGAUGGUAGUAUUGGAACACUGAACUGAGAGUCCCCUUCUGCAAAACCCCUGCCACCAAGAAUAGCAACCAUUCUCUCCUCUAUACAUGUGAGUGGAGGUAAGUUGGCAGGUCUACCACCUCCGGUUCGGUUGGCAUCAGCAUUCCGCUGCCCUAAAACUUUCUUUAGGGCAUAUUUUUUGUCAGUCCAAAACUGAAAACGAAUAAAUAACCAUUAACAUUAUGCACAUACUUUGCAAAAAGUAGUAUAAUACCCUGCAUAUUGAUACUUUUUUAAUAAAACAUUUAUGAUUGAAUAAAGAAACUUGUAAAUAUCCAUAGAAAAAUGCAUCAACAUUAUCUUCACAAUGAAACUACUAGCAAUAUUUAAUUAUUUAUAUAUCAUGCAUUAAACAUCUUACCUUUGUCCAACCUUUGGCAUCUUUUUGCGUCCCUCCCAUAGCAUUUAGCGUAAUGGUAAUUUCUUCCCAUUUUCUUUUAGUCUCCCACUUUGCUUGAGCGGAACGCAGAUGACCUUUAGCUAUUCCUGGAUUUUCCUCCAAAAAAUUCACCAAAGCUUCCAACUGGGGAUAUGUAGGCCUUGCAUUUUGACUCAUGUUCAAAAAGUUUUGAUAGCGUAUUAAAGGAAAUAUAACAGAUGAAGUAAAAAUAUUAGACGUGUGAACAAACGAGGCUCACUCUUUGACUUACUUUUAAAACCCAUAUCAAUAAAUAAGAUAAAUUCUGUUGAAAAGGCACCACAAAACCACUUAAACAUUUUUUCAAACAUUCCAAGCACUUGAAAGUUUUCUGUUUUUACUAAAAUUUUUUAUAAACGCGCGCCCCUUUCUCUAUGUAAUGUCACUGUCAAAGUUCUUUUUUAAAAAUUGUGCAAAGGUAUUUAUUAAUCCAACAAAAUUCUUUAGUUUGAUCAAAAAUUAGUAACGUUUCACUAGUUAUUGUGCCCUUAUUUGAUGUAAAAAAGCUUGUAUUUACAGAAA